GGAAAAGGAAACACCGCUCAGGUCUAAGCCACACUCGAUCGGCUUUCGAGGGCAGGUAGCACCCGCAAAGAUCGCUUACCGUGUCUUGGGUCUUCCGCUUGUAACACGCUCAGUUUGGUAAAACGUCAAGCGGUCUUCCACUGAGCUUCUCCUCGCCAUCAUGAUGCAAGCAUACAGUAUGCGCUUAUGUUUGCAACGAGCAUCCAUGAUCACCUUGGCCGCCCUUAUGCUCACCGCCGUCCGCUUCCGGUUUGCAUGUGCUGCGGAUCCGUCAAAACCCGAAUACCUCUACGUCUGGUCCGGCGCCCAGAAUGCCUCCCUGGCGCGAGACUCGCUCUUUGUGUUCUGUGCGGACCCCGGCCCCGACUUCGGCAAGCUGUUGAACAUCAUUGAGACCCCCUACAAUGGACUGGAGCCUCAUCACUGCCGUUCCUCUGUUGACGGCCGCUGGCUGGCCUGCAGCGCCCUGCUCGCGGCGCUGUCCGGCCUGCCCACCAUCCUCUUCUUCGACCUCACCAACCCUGCCAAGCCCGUGCUGCUGCACAAUGCAACCAUGCCACCUAACAGCGCCUUCGCGGACGAGUUCGCCGCCACCCCGGACGGUGGAUUUGUUGUGACCAUGAUGGGUGACAAGAACGGCCGGGCGCCAGGGAGGGUGGCACGCUACGAUGCGAACCUGAACCUGAUGGGAGAGUUCCCCAAGAAUGUCAGCACCAUACCGCAAGCGAACUCUUUCAACCCGCAUGGCAUCGCUGCUGACUUCAACCAUAAUACCAUGAUGACGGUUGACUACCUGGAGCCCGAGAGCACGCUGGUGGGAUUUAACCUCACCGCCCGCAACACCGCCCGACUGUGGAACCUGCGAGACCUCUCCAUCAUCACCACCUACACCCUGCCCAAGAGUGUUCGGGCCAAGGGCGCCAUGGACGCAGUGGCUACUGGCCGAGGUGGGUACUUCUUCACCGGGGGCAACGGCUACGUCUUCUAUCUCGACCCGACUGACCCCAAGGAGCGCAAGCGGUCGGGCCCAGCGGUACGUGCCGUACGCGCGCCUCGUUCCGUCCCCUUGUCGUACACGUUUACAGCCCUUGCAAUUGGCGAUGCGGUGGCAAUUGCGCGUGUACGACAGUAUGGAUUCAACAUGCC